AUGUCGAGCGCGCAGCAAAAAUGGCGGCGGAAACCGAACAACGGACCGGCUCGAAGGCGGAAGCCGAAGCGGCGUCACUACUUGAGCUGGGGAUCUUGUCAGCGGAUUUUAUGAAAAAUGCCUGCGAGUCCUAUUAGACCCGCACUACAGCAAUCGCAUUGGUCCUGUCGCUCGUACUGGUCGCCCCCUUUUGGCGUGGCGCCAGGGCCCCGCCCAAGAUGACCUGCCCAGCGGCCUGCGCCGCUUAGUCUACCCCGCUCGCGUCGCCGCCCCUUCGCAUCUUGGAAAGUCGUGGUCGCAUCGAGCGACCAAAUGCUCACUAGUAGUAGGGGAACACCUACGCUUUGCGCUUUAUCAGGCACUUCUUGCACGUUGUGCUCCGGCUUUCGCCACGUGGGACCCCGUGGGCAGAAGAGAGGCACUUAUCCACACACGCGCCGCGCCCAUUUCUAGCUAGGUACAAUCUAGGUUGUCUUCUUAUUCAUUUUCAAUCGAGCCACUCCUAGGCUUAGGCUUAGGUAGGCCGCCACGGCCGCCGGCACGGGAUCGCUGUCGACGGCGACGCGUCCGUCUCCCCUUCGAUCUCCGACUUCUUCGGCUGCACAAGUUCGAUCCGGAAGUGUUUAGUUUAGGUUUCAGGGUUUACGUUUAGGCCGCGCUGAUUCAUUUUCAAUCGACCCACUCUAUAGGAUGCGCACGCCCACAAUGUUCAGCUCGCUACGCGCCCACAAUGUUCAGCUCGCUACGUUCGCUACGCUCCUACCCUAGGAUUUUAGUUUCCAAUAUGAAAAACCGCGCCUGUAGUGUGGCUUUCGACAGAGAAAAAUAAAAAUCGGCGCACGCUAGCUGGUGGUGUGAUCGCUUUCAAGUACUUACGCCCGUAUAGAGCGCUACUGCUCCAGGGUAGGGGCGCCAUUCCAUCAAUAAAACCGCUUCGCGCUGCAUUCUAAGGGAACUGGUCAGUGAAUGGAAGUAGACACGUAACAGGAUCAGUUAGCGCCGAAAUAAAUCCGUCAAAGUCGUCCCGGUCAGAGAGGACGAGGAUCAGAGCACGCCUCAAGGGCUGGCGCGCGCGCUCGUCUUGCGUCAUCGCUGAGGGGCAGGCGAAUGCCCUACGUAGAUCGCAGCAGCAGGCGCGUGCUCGCGUAUCCUCUAGCGGCAGCGUGGUCGGAAUGUGUUGAAGGGGGCCGGCAGCAGCCAGCCACUCACUGCGCUCGUAUGGGGCUCGUAUAGGUCCGACUGCUCGUAUCUGUUGGGCGCCUCGUAUUGGCCUUGCGUUCUCAUAAAAUAAAAAUCCACUUCGUGGUCACUGGCAUCCGUAGGGCACGACUUGUGGAAUAUGGUCACGAGCGCAGUCCAGGCCAUUCAGACUAUGACUUCAAAGCUCGCGGAGUUCUUCGGUAAAUUGCUUACGUGGGUAUUUCCCCCAGAAACGGAUGACUCAGAAAAGAGCGGAGUAGCAAUGAAAUCCUUAUCCGCCCCCCCGGCGGAUAGAAUUAAGCGGGGGGGUGGCCCCUCCCGGUUUUUCCGCCGGCGGGCUGUCCUUCCGGAAUAGGCCCUAUGAAUUGGCUUGGCCCCGGCGCCGUUUUGUAUUUGUUGAGGCCGAGGAGCCCCGGGUAGACACACAGAACGUUGCCGGUGCUUCCGACCGGCUUGUCCAACGCGAUAAACACACAGGAAACUGCCAAACCACGUCGCACCAUGUGGAUUGAUGGAAGAGCAAGAAAAUAAAGAGCCGCAGCACGCCAGUGCCUGCCACGCAAGCAAGCAAAGCAAGGCGUUAGGGCGUGGCUUUGAGAAUUAUCCACGCGCAGAAACUAGAUAGUCGCGCAUGUCCUUGCAUCCUGUGCAAAAGUAUCGCACUCGUAUAAAUGCUACCGCUUUUUUUGCAUGAAGCCACUUAGAAGUUGGUGGGAGGUUGUUGGGAAGUCGGUGGCGAAGUUGGUGAGAAGCAGGCGGCGAAGUUGUUGCGAAGUCCGUGAGAAGUGGCGGCACGUGUUGGCGUCGUCAUCGCCUCGGCCGAGUGUCGCGGCACGUCACUCCGCCGCGGCGCGUUCUAUCCCCCUCGCUGCUUGCCGCUGCAGCUGCAAGGGCUGGAAAGAGCUGCGCUGUAGGUAAAUAGAAAGACGGCCACUGCCGUUUUUCUUUUAAUUUAUUUGCAACGCUGCUCGACCAGCUCGCGCGACGGCUCCACGCACGAGACCAUACAAAAGAGGCGGCAGAAGCUGCAUCUGUGAUGGCUGCACGCGCAGACGCCUUUCUGAUGGUUGUGCGCGCGCGACGAUGUGGUGCUGCACGUCGCGCGGGCGCUGAAGUUAUCCAUUUAUAUAAUUAAUUGCUGGACUUUGAACACGCCUGCCACACUGAGUGACUAAAGCCUCUACCUAAGCAGGUCCCUCAAUCAUUUCGAGCGCUUCAAUCUCUCAGCAGACCGGGCGAAAGCCUCUGGCUGCGUUGCAUCCUGAGGCAGGGCGCAACGUCAUUCAAAUUCAUCGCAUGGAACUGCCCCGAUCCUGGUCAGAGUCAAGUGGCUAAAAAGCAUGGGAGUACCCCCCUCAAUGCUGUCGGUAUAGUGCUCAACCCUAACGGGAGCCAACCCCCUUCAGGGUGGCCAUUCUGAACCUCUAGACCGAGCGGAGUCCCUUCAUUUCGUUACGAUCGUGAUGGCUUUGCCUUCGUAGUAUUUGGGGGACUCGGGUCAAAUGGCGAAGAGAUUCCUUAGGGAUCUAGCUAGUUCAGGCCAUUCCGGUCUUGUCAUUUCAUUGGGAGCAGGCAUCUCAGAUCGUCUCGAGAAGCUUCAGGCAUGGUUGUGAGAGGGUUCUGAUCACAUGACCAACAUUAAUUGCGGAGCUACGUAUAAUCAAUUAAAGCUAACGAGUUUCGCAAUUAAUAACAAACGGGCUUUGUUUUCUUUCGCUAAAAAACGCAGUCUUGCGUGAAGCCUACGCGGUUUAUAAAAAUUUUUUCACUCGAACUUCUCAACAGCUUCUCAACAACUUCUUCACAAACAUCGCCACGAACAUCCGACCAGCUUCCCGAAUUUUUACAGGCUUCAUGCAAUUAAUUUUUACGAGAAAAUCUGCUCUGACAAAUUAAUUGCGUGACGCCUCCAAAAGAUCACUUGCGGGAGCCCGAAAGCUUUCAGCGGCAAGGCGCGGCCGAAGUAUGCACAACCAAGCUUAGUUAUUCGCGACUGCGCAAGCGGCCACGAAUCGAGAUGCAGGAAACCCUUGAGACAUCGCCUGCAGGCUGGUAAAGAAAUCCGCGCGCCUACAAUUCAAAUCCGCAUCAAUUCCCCGAACAAACUCAAACCCGACCGCCGACUCCCGCCAACUUCUCAGCAUCGGGCUGGGAAGUUGGUGAAAAGGCUGGGGGGAAGUUGGUGGGAAGUUGGUUAGAAAUACGCGAGAAGCUGGCGAGAAGUUGGCGAGAUGUUUGGCGCAGAAAAAAGGGGGAUCUAUACGAGUGCGAUACUUUUGCACAGGAUACCUUGGGCCCUUCUAUCUAGGCUAUCUACCCGGAAAAGCUCCGACGUGCCAUGUCGGGGCUUUUUUGGGUUUGUCAAUACAUAGAUGCUCGGGCAUCAUCGCGGGGCAGGUAAUAGCUAUCCACAGAUCGGGGUCGCACAAACAUCGAGGACGUGCACAGGCUGGGGACUGGUCGCAGGCGCAGGCACCUUGUCGGGGCUGCAACCAAGGUGCCGCUACCUCCCAAAAACCCCGCGCAAGAAAUUAAUCAGCACCCAGCCCGCAACGCACGCCCGUGCAGGGGCCCGGCCGGCGCUGCUGCCCCAUCCCCGGCGCCUAGGCGCAAUGAAUGUCGCGCGGCGUGGCGGCCGGGGGUGGUAGCGGGGGUGGUAGCGGGCUCGCUGCGGCUUGCCCAGAUUGAUUCACAAUCCGCCGCGCUCGGCCCCGAGGCCUGUGCGGCGGGAAAACCUCACUGGGGCACGAGAAGGGAACGAAGUGAGAAAGCCGGGAACGGGAACCGAGACGAGAAAACGAGACGCCGCACGGGCCUCGAGGCGGGCCCGUUUCGUUUGUUUUUCCCAUUUCGGGCGGGCACUUGCGCAGCGUCGGAAAGCUAGAGCACAUAGGCCGGCAGCGGCAUGAAAAAAAAAAAGCCGGCGAACAAAACUAGAGCGGGCCAGGCUGCCCCUGUCGCCGGCCCACGCGACCCAUCAACAUCUCAGUGAAAAAACACGGCCAGCAGGGCGGGAGUUAUUACUUAGCGCGCGCCGUGGCAAAUAUGUCAGCAGUACGGCCCGGCGCGGGGGCCAGGAAAUGGCUGCCCCCCCCGCCCGAGGGCCUGUCCCGGUAGAAUAUAAAUGAGUCGAGCACACCACCAGGGGGAAUUUUACCAAACACGGCGCGCGGCAUUUAUUAGAGCCGGCCCCGGAGUGCGCACGCAGGCGCGCAGCCUCGGGCGUUGUUGUGGAGCGGCCUGUCCCGGUGCGUGGCCCGAUUGCCUGCAAAAGCAGGCAAGCUCAUGGCGGGCGGCUUGGGUUUGCGCAGGUGCACCCCUUCGAAGGCGAGCGCGCGCAAACGAAAAACCCUGGGCGGACCCGGCGCCGCUAGCUGCAGCAAUGUGCGCCCCAGAGCAAAGCGACAUGGCCUAGCAAGUUGGCACACAGCUCGAAAGCGCGAGGCGAGGGAGCCCGUUGGCCCUCGCGUUGCAUCUGAUAGGAUUUUACUGCUGUGGAGCAACUUCGGGCAUUGCUAUUUGCUUGGCCAUUUCUUGCGUGGCGAAUUUCCCAAGCGCUUUCGCCUUUUGUGUGGCGGAUAAAUAUCCGCUGGCGUGUCUUCAUUUCGCCGAAAUCAAUCCCGGCAGUGUUGUCACUUCAGUGUGGCCACUUCAAACGCAGCGCCUGCUACUUUUCACAGAAACAUCACAAAGGCCGCCGGCGUCAUGCCGUCCGUCGGUCUUUGUGGUGCUUGGAAAUCUGCCCGCAGCAUGCCGCAUGCCUUGGGUAUAUCAAGGCCUGGCCUGGCCUAUCCGCCCCUGGCCUAUCCGCCGGGGGGGGCGGAUAAGGAUUUCACUGCUACUCCACUCAAGCGCCGCGGUGGUCAUCCGCUCGGUGGUCGACGCCGUGGCUCCCGCGGGUACAUUAGAAAGCCUGGCGAAGUCUGUGUUGAGAACCUUCGCGGGCGAUAUGGCACGGUCGCUGGGUCUCUCGGACGUUGUCGAUAAUAUCGUGGACGUUGUCGACAGUAUGCCCCUCAAUGUCGGAAAAAUCAUGCUGAGCAUAGCGCAAGACUUUAUGAACGAGGUUGCGGGACAGGUUUACAGAGGUGUGCGCGAGGGGCUCACUAUAACCGAGAGUACAGAACAAAGCAAUCUGGACGAAGCGCAACAGAAAUUCGCAGACGAAAAGAAAAGGGAGAGGCAAGGGAAGGGAGACAACGAGAACGACAAACAGAGGAAGAAACGCCAAGGCAGCAAGAAGAAAGAAACGGCUUCCACGAAACCCAGAGGUAAGGCGGACAUGCCCGGGCGAUGUUUCAUUCUAUUUGGUAGCUUCAGAGAAGUUCCACCAAGCGAUGGAAAGUGUAAAAAAGCAGCAUAGAAGCUAUAAAGUGCUGGCUAGCAUGGUCAGACGCUCUAAUAAAUAGCAGCAGGAGCAGCGCGGCCAAUGUGAAUGUCGUGAAUAUUUUGCAUUUUUUGCCGUGCUAGCUAGCACGGUCGAAGCGUGGUAGGAUUAGGAAACCCGCCAAAAACAGGAGCGCAGCAGAGUAGCCAGCUGUUGGUGGUUGGUUUGCACUUUUUGCGCAGGUCCGUAGCACGGCCUGGGCGUGCUGCGAAAGAGGCUAAAAGUCGGAAAUUUUUCCCGUCCCCGCGGCCGGAUCGGAUUUUCGCAGUCCACGAAAUACAAAACGCCUUUUGCAAAGAUCCGCUACCUAGGCCGGCGAUUUUCGAAAAAUGCACGCGCUGCUAGCGCGACAAAUGCCAACGCUGGCGCCUUUGCUUUUCGCAACUGGCUGAAAUUCUCGCAAUUUUCCCUGCGAAGCGGUUGCCCGGCUUGGCGCCUCCGCCACGUCCCGGCUGGGAGGGUGCAUGGUGCUCGGCGCGUGCUGAUAGCGCCUAUGCGGGCAAAAGAGCGAGCACAUGCCCACAAAGCGGAGUAUCUAUAUACUCGAAAAGCCCCACACUCAUGCGCCCACUUUUUUGCGCGCGUACGCGCUAGCAGCGCCAGCGCGCGGCGACUGGUAUUAAAUCGGUUGCGCGGCCGCCCGUUCUCGGCGCGACGCCUUUCGAUUAUUUCGGGCCGACAGUCCGAAAAUAAGUAAAAGCCCUUUCGAGGUCGAGCGAAUACGUGUCACCGCGUGACGUGCCUACGAGCGCAAAAAAUGGACAGACACAGAGCCACUCCCUCAGCCGCGUUCGGAGGUGCCAUGGAUUUGACCCCUGUCGUGCUAAAAGGAAAUACGUAUUGCAGGAAUCGCAUACGUGUCCGAUUUGCGCGCAGGAUGUUAAGCGUUUUCGCGGUCGCGCCAAUGCGGCCCAGUCGCGAGGGUUGCUGGAAUUCCGGAACUUUUGAAGGUUGGGGCCUAUUUCUUAGCAUGGUUCCUUCGGCCGUGCUAGAAAUAGGCCUCAGAUUCGCAAUUAAAGCGCAUGGCCUCGCUUGCGCGACCGCAGUGCCGUGCCAGCUAGUACUUUAUGCCAUAUGACAAGUAUAAAACUUUUUGCGGUUUUCCGACCAUAGUUCGACCGUAGGUGGUCACGCCCCCGACUAUCUGCCCGCGCGCGCGCGCGCCCCCUGCCCCUGCUGGACCUUCUGUGCGCGCGCGGGCGCGAUUGUGUGCGCACACAGGACCACAAAAGAGGAGUCUCCGUGCGCGCACGCAAAUAAGGGUCUGCGCUUCCGCAUCAAGCUCAAAUCUUCGCGCCAAAUCGCGCGCGCGCGCGGGCGCGUGCAGAACUACCGCCGGCACACGUUGCGCCUUAGGCAAUUUCCGCGGCGCGCCUCCGCUUGUGCAGCCGAAAACGGAUGCGCAAGACCGGUCCCGGUCGUUGGUGGGUGUGUGUUGUGCCAGACACAGGGCGUUCGAUCGAAGGGGGUCGCCCGCGGUCUUCUGAAUCUCACUCUCAGCAUUUGACAAUAAGAAUCGAACUGCUUCGCCAAAAUCCGGAACGCAGCCACGCACAAGCUAGCAACUAGAAAGAAGGAACGCGCGGGCCUGUCGACCUGACGCUGACCAGGGGUCCUGGCGGUGUUCCGGUUAAGCAACAAAGUGCCGCAGGCUGCUCCGCCAGAGAUGGGGAGACGAACGAGCAUGCCGCCUGCGUGUUCGUUAAGGACUCGAAAGACACAAUCUGCACAAGCUUGUUGGACAACUUCUACGAGAAUGUCAUCGGCGUCGCUUGGGGAACAAUUAGGGACUCCAUCAACCAAUUCCUGUUGAGCCUCGGAACCAUGAUUCUGCACUUCGUAGAGUCAAACUUUUUCCAGGGUUGGGAGAUCCCUGGCGGAGAAGCUCUCGUGAAAGUUUAUCUUGUUGAGACGAUCGACGAAGAGGGUUUGAAGCCUGUCGCACACGCAUUGAAAGAGCAUGUCGAGGAAACAGGACAAGAGUUUUGCGAUAAAAUGUUCAAGGGGCUUGGCGCAGGAGAGAUGCUGCAGUCUCUUCUAGUGCAGUUGAUGGUGGCAAGUGGCGACAGCAAGAUUCGGGAUGCGAUUCUGAAAACGAGCAAGUCAGAGGCGGAGAAGGAGGACGCGGCAAAGAAAGCUGAGGCCGAAGCAGAAGAAGAGCAACUGGCAGCGGUAGUGGGAACGUGCGCGGCCAAAAUUGCUCACCAGCCCGCGGCGCUGGCGGACGGUAUGGUUGACAGUUUCGUGAAGAGUCUGGGCGUCCACGUUGCGGGGUUUGCUCAUUCAGUCUACUCUGAUGUAAUGGACGUGCUUGGAGAUGAAUUGUACGAACUUAUAACGAUGGCCGUCGAAAAACUGGGCGUCCAGCUUAUUCCAGGGAUUGGGCGCAUUUAUUUCAUUCUGGAGCCGCUGUUUUACUUUAUGAGCGCCGCGCUUGCCAGAUUUAUAGCCAACGCGCUCGCCGCUGCCGAGGAGCAAGCGGAAGCACCUGAGAAAGCAAUGGCCACGUACAUCGCGAAACAAGUCAAGGGCCUCCUCUAUCCUACGUAAAAACGUCACCGCCCCAGAGUCGUCAUGCAAAUCUGCAAGCCUCAAGUGGUCCAGUCCCCUGUCUGAAUGGCGUUACGGCUUAGCGGAGAGUCUCGCCCCUUAGCCAAAGGGGUGCGCCGUCUCUUCCGUGAGAGCAAAAGCGUAUGGCUUAAAAAGGGCGCGGUCCUGGGUCAUCCUGUAUAUUUGGCUGUCGCACUUAGCUCACUGAAACUUGCUGGGCUUUAUUGACAGGGUGUGGUGGGUAGGUCCAGGCCGGUCAGUAAUUUUCUCGGGGCGAAUUACCGGGUUUGCGACGGGCUUUUGGAUGUUGAGGUCGCCGAAAGUGUUUCCUCGCCCACCCCCCACCCCCCCGGGGAGGGCAUCCUUGGCCUGUGCCGCUGGGUGCGGGUGCCCACUGAAUGAUGACGAUGCGCAAACCAAUGAGCAGCACUUUCUCAUGCUGUCUAGUACUUUUUGUUUUCCAUGCUCUAAUCAGAAUAAGAGGGAGCUGGAUUUGUGAUGCGGCAUCACUGCUAGCCAAACUAAACACCACUACACUGGAACAAGACCACCCGAACUUGUCAUGCGCAGCAGGCGAAACAUGCUGACUUGUGUAAGCAAAGUUCCCAUCUUGACUAUUGGGACGCUUUUACUCAUCUUGACGAUGUGUAGGUGUAGCAGAAUAAUUCCCAUCUUAACCAUGUUCUCAUCUUGGGCACGUUUUUACUCAUGAUAUCCUCGUCAACAGCGAAACAGGAAGGCUGCGGGAAGAGGUAAAAGGAAUCGUGAUGACGAUGGCAAAGAUAGGGGCUGAAAUUCUCCUCGGUAAAAAACUCUCGUUGUCGACAAAACUCUCGUUGUCGUUCUUGUCCACGAACGACAACAACGAAAACGCUCGGUCGCUGUUGCCGGGACCGGCUCCAGCACCAGCGGCCUCUCUGGUUACAAAUUUUGACGAUGGCCCGGCGACAGCCGAUUAUAGCGGUUUUGGAGGGGGAAACGCCACCAUUGCCAGUGCUUUUCCUGUUGUCCUUGAUUUCAGAGCGCGCCACACUGGGAGGCGAUCUCGGAUAUCGGUCGCGGGGGCGUCCGCCGCCAUAAACUUCCGGGGCGAGCCGUUGUCUGCGCUGCAAGUACAUGCAUUGAAAAUAUGUCUAGGUCUGGAAACUUCUGAUGCAAGGAAGGGAAUAGUUAGACCUAGCACACUUUAGUGCGCUCCCCAGUAUGACAAGUUUUUUCGUGGCUCACAGUAAAAGUUGCGUACUCCGCAUGAGAAGCCGCGUUUUUGCAUGACAGACAAGAGGACCUGUUCGCGGGCACGCAACACAGAGCUCAGGAGAGUCUGAGUCAUGCCAGACUAGCAUGACAAAUCGCGCAAUCUCCCAGACCCAGUAAUAUUUGCAGUUCAUAAAGUAUCUUCCGAGCCCGUUCUGCUCGAGUUGGGUUCCGCGGUGCCUGACAGGUGGGUACCCACCUCGUUGGCACAGGUGCAUGACUCACAGGCGCCUGGCGAGGAUUCGCAAACGAGCGAUUGGAAAGAAGGGAUGGAGGGCCUUCUACUGUAGUACUGGACCCCGCUCAAAAUACGAGCGGCGGAAUAAAGCUGCAGAAACCCUGAUGAACAUCAGACCGCUUGCCGCGUACUAUGUGGCGCCAAUUUAUGAAAGCCAACCGCAACGCAUGCGCCAUGUCUAGAAAAAAGCAAACCGCAGCAAAGCCGGCCGCGCUUUGCGCUUUCCAACAUUCGGGCCGCGGCAUGAAUUACUGGGGAAAGCUCAGAAAAGCACCCGCCCCUGUGAAAUGUUAGGCGGGGGCCUGCGCUUCUCCUGUUUCGUUAUUCGCGACGCCCGGCCCUGUUGAUUUGGGGAGCGCCGCAGGCCGCGGGUGCUGGAUCCCCGGGCGGAGACGCGGCCAGCGCGGGCUCUUGAUGGGAAUGCUAAGGGCGGGCGGCACGCGCUUCGGGGGCCGGCGGUUGCCUGCAGGACCCCCCCUGUGAUUCCUCUCGCGCCCCUCUGUCCCGGCCGGCUUUGCCGGGCCGGCGACGGCCUCGGCGCGCGCCCGGCUAUCCCUUGCAGUUAGUGGCAGGAUGCCGCUAUGGAUCAAGCAAGGGGGGGCCGCCCGAACGGGGAGGCGCGCCGGUUCGGAGCUGCAGCGGGCAAGCAUUGCCGGGCCCGGGGCCCGAGAGAGUGUUGCGCGCGUUCCCAUCGCCCCCCCCGUCAUUAGCGACGGAUGGAAAUCGUCCAGAGGCUGCUCCCUACAUACCAACAAACGGAACGCGCGGGCGCGCCCCCUCCCCGUGGCGCCCUCCCCCCCUGGCUAAGCACGUGAGUGCGUGGAAUAGCGAUGAAGCAGGAGGCCCGCGCAGCGCAAACGAUGACGCUCCGAGAGACGAGAGGGCCCGAGUAUGAUCCGAGUUGUUCCAUCUCGUGGCAUGGGUUCCCUGUUGUGUUCACAUCGUAGGCCGGCCCCCCCCUUUGUGAAUGAUUCGCAAAGGGGGGGGAUGAGGAAUCCAUACGACCUAGCCUCCUUGACUAGUAAUCUGAGUUGAAUUCUUUACAUUGCCUAACUUGGCCCGCCGACCUCUCCCGCCCUUGUGGUUAAUGGGAGUUUAUUUCAAUUGCUGGCAUUGGCAAUUUUGUUUCUGUGUUGUUUCGUCGUAGUUUGUUGGCCUGGAACCCUAGCAGCGCGCGCCUAGGCAGCGCGCGCCUAGUCAGUGUGGACCAGUGUCGGCGCUGUCUUCUGUGUGGGAGGGGACAGAUGUCGUCUGGAGACUGGUGCUGCCUACUGCAAGUAGUGGCUUCCGCGUUGCAGUCGGAGCCCAUCGCAUGUUCUGAGAUCCCACGAAAUUUGUGCCUGCCGAGAAAUUGCGGCCUUCAGCAGGCUCGAUGCCGGCAUCACCCCGCCGGUGAUCAGCUGCGGGCAUGCGUUGCGGCCCCUACUUCGUCGCGUCUGCGUUCGUAUUUGCACCAUUUCCGUCCUCGGCCCUGCAGGCAUCCGAGGACACCAAUGGAGCGGAGCGAGCCGGGCCCUUCGCCUUCUUGGUCUCCCCGGGGGCCAGCCUUGUUUUGCUUCUGGGAAGGAAGUCCAAGGGAAUGCCCUCGGGUUUUGCGCGCUCGCCAUUGAUUCGCACUCUCGGCCUGCCUCUUAGUGGCCGCGCCAGCCAUUUUUCGUGUGCGCCCCCCAAUUUGCGAGCCUGGUGGCCACGUUUGCCCCCUUGAUGGUUGCCACCUUUGUGGGCUGUUGCGAGUGUGUUUCCUCUGGUGGGCUGGGUGCCCGGCAUUUGGAUUUGGGCGCGUUGGUUGUGGCUCUGCUGGCUUGGUAGAUAGGUGCAGGCGUGCGACUUUUCCGGCGCUGCUCUGCCGGCCGGCCAGGUCGUGUUGCUAAGCAACUUGCUUGCCUGGGCUUACGCUUUCACUCACAUUCCGCGACCGCCCGCCCCACCCUGGCUCCGGUCGGUCGUUGCCCUCUGCCGGGGCCCCGUCUUUUUUGGUCCGGUUCGUGUUCAUCUCUGUGCGCGGCCAGGUUUUGUUCGUUGCCAGUCUUGGUGUGGGGGUGGGACGGAGGGUUGAACGUUGUGGCGAAACUUGCGGCAAUUUGCCUCGCAGGUCUUUCGGGCGGGGCGGAACGGGAAACGCUUUGAACAAGUUAGCGCAUGCAAAAACUACCGCAAACCUAAACCAAAAGGAGCGCGCCGAAGUGCCGCAAAAGGAAGCGACAAAGCAGCGCGUCGCCGGGUGCUUCUGGCGGCCGGCGGUCUUUGUUUCGGGGGGCCCUGCGAAAGGCUUGGCUCGGAAAAGCCGGCCGGCCACCGGGUCGUGCGAGUCAGGCAAUGGAGAAGGCGCCCGGCGACAACCAUGCGCCGGGCCGACCAAGCUCGGCAGGCCCCCCAUCCAAUUGGCCCCCCAGCGUGGUUUGAUUGUCGGUCCUGUGUCGUCCCGCGCACGGCGCAACCCAAAACCGCCCGCCACGCCAUUUCCGCCCCCUCCUCCCCGAAGCCCCUGCCCCGGCCGUGUCGGUCGUGGUAGCUUCUAGCAAGCCUCGGCCGGGGCUUGUCGUUUAUUCUCGUCUUUUUCAUUCUCGUCUUUUUUUUUUGGUUUUGCGCGACCGCACCACCCGGCCGCCUCAGUUAUCUUUUUAUCUUCCUGCCUUCGACCAAGCAGUUUUUUUCUCCUGGGUUUAGGUUUAGGUAGGCCGCCACCGACACCGGCACGGGAUGGCUACCGUCGCGACCGUCUCACCUUCGAUCCAGCCACCGCCCUCAUCUGCUACUCAAGAUCGACCCAGAAAGGGUUUAGUUUAGGUUUAAGGGUUUAGGAACCAAUUUUAUCUUCCUGCCUUCGACGCCGCGGCGCCCAGAGAACCAGCCCGCGCUUCCGGCUUCUUCCAAAUUUAUUAGCGAGCUACGCCAGGCCCAGGGAGCCGCAGCCGAGCCGUGGUUGCAAGUAAUGGAAGGAAGCGCGCCCGGGCCUAUGGCCGGCAUGCCAAACUAACAACGACGCGCCGGCGCACAUAUGGACCGGCCCGCCCGCCUGCGUGCGGGCGGGCGGGGCGGGCGGGGCGCGCGGGCCGGCGCAUUGGCCCGCGUCCCGGGCUACCUGCGCCACCGCUUUGGCCCCUGCCUUUCCCCCGACCAGUGUGUGAGUGCCCAGCGAGCCAGCUGGGGCUCGGUCGCGUUGCGUCGCCCCUCCCAACUUAGCCCAGCGCGUGGGCGCCAGCUUCGUGAGGCGCGGCUGGGGCGCUGGGCUAUUGCGCCAGUGUCUCACUCGGAGUAAGUUUCCGCCGCCUGAAAAUCAAAAAAUGGGGUCCAGUACUUCAGUAAGCACGAGGGGAAAAAACAGACUUAAUGAAGCGAUCGCAAAAUUCAUGAACGAAACGGAGCUAUGAGCUUGAGAGGUCUGCGCCUGCUUCUGGUGUUUUUUCAAUAUAGAGGCACGCUCCGAGAAAUGGCGCGCCACGUACUACGACGGGGCCACACACUAUGAAGGGCGCCAGUUGCUCGACCUGGGUUGGAAAUAGCUAAGCGUAAGCGCCUGCACUUCCACGUAGUGCGCCCCUGCGAGAGAUAUGCCGGGGAGCCGCUCCUUCCUUGGGGGAACCGCCCCUCCCCUGGGGGAGCCGUCCCAUCCCCGGGAGAUCCUCCCCCCCCACCGGGGGAUCCUCCGUCCCUCGCCCCGGGGGAUCCGCCCAUCCCCGGGGGGUGUCCGCCGCUCCCCCGGGAGAUCCUCCCUCGCCCCCGGGGCGGCGCAAAUGGGGAAAGAACAUCCCCGCCGAACCCUUUGGGGCGCGCGGCCGGCCCGCGCAUGUUUCUACUUGUUGCGCCGGCCCCCCGGGCGAAGGCGAAGCCAGGCGCGGGGAAUAGUCUGCGCAGCACCCCGGCGCCCCGGACCAGGCUAGCUACUUGGCGAUCUGCGCGAUAAUUUGGCCAGAGUCGCCGCGAGGAGAAUGCUGCACGCCCUGCCGAAAUGUCCUGUGGAAGCGGCGCGGCUUGUAGCCUGAGACACGGCGCGCCCGGUUCCGUUGGUGUUGUGUGCUGGCAAGAGCGCGAAGCCUGUAUCGCAGACGCAGUGUGGCCGACCCAUAAAAAGCGCCGUCGUCUUGGCAGGCUUGGGUAUAUGUCGCGCAGCGCGCGUCCUGGUGAUUGUUUCUGUCCGGCGGGCCCGUUUUCUCUUCAUGCCCAAGCAAGAUGAUGAUCUAUGAUUAUCGGGCGGCCACAUUUGAAAAAACCGGACGAGAAGGAGGCUCGUUAAAGCCUCUAAAAUCUUUGCAGGAGUUUGGAGGGCGCAUUACGAACAGAAUAUCGGAGACCAUCAGAAGCGAGGUACAGGGCGCACUUGAGGCUGUCGUCAGAGAUGCCGGAGGAGCACCGCUCGCCUUUGUCGAGAGUUUUUUGGGUGCCGGCGUGGCAUUCUUCAGCGCCACCAUGGCAGAUACCAUUUCUACGAUGUGCGUCGCCGAUGCCAAGGCUGCAGGAAUCGAAUCCCCAAAAAUGCUUACGGCGGUCCAGCAGCAUGUCACCCACAAGCUCGAGGAGUUUGCUGAGCAAGCAAAGGACAUGCUAGAAGAAAAAGCGAAGGAGCUGCUUUUUUCCUUCGUGAAUAAAAUAAUCAACAAACUCAACCCAGGGGACGAUGUAGGGCCGGACUACGCGGGAAUGCUAAAGCAAGCCAUCGGGGCCCUGGUCCAGAACAUUAGAGACCUUAUUGACAAGUACAAGGGGAAAUUCCAAGAAGAUCGCGUCGACAAAGAGAAGGGAAAGGGUCUCGAAGUCUUACACGAUGAAGAGAAAGCGUCACUCUCGUCGUCCUCGUUUCUGGAUUACAGCAGGCAAGAAGAUGGUGAGGCGGCCCCUUCUGUUGGCAGCGGAAUUAUCAGGGCAGGCAACGCUUACGGUGAGGCGGUUGGCGAUGAUCCGUCCUUUACCGAUGAGCGCGCUGGUCAUUAUGGUCUUGCUGCGCAAAGUUCUACUUUUGUCCAAGGAGGGGGCGAGCCGCAUGGUCGCGCCACGAAUGGAGCUACCCCAGUUGGACCCGCGGCAGCGGCCGCGCGGCUUCGCCUGAUGGUCGACGCGCUCGCGGAGACAGCUGAAGACGCCGCUGACGAGGCCCCGGCGCAGCAAGGCCAUCACGAAGAAGAAGAAGCCGCUGGCGCACCGAGUACUUUUGCGAAUGUGGGCGCCUUGCCAGCCGACACUCCGCCCGACCGCGACCGCUACGACGUGACGGCAAUCCCAGCGACGCGCGUGCGCAUGCAAAUGAAUGUGGUCGCGGAUGGUAGUACUGUGGAAGAAGGACAGCUCUCUUCGCACACUCAGCAGGAGCCGGACGACGCGGCCGCGCAAACUUCCCGCGUAGAUGAGUUUCCACCUGCGCCGCGCGGCGAGUUGGAAGGCCAGUGAGGGUUCACGCUACAUCUAUUGUGCUCGAACUUGCUUUCGGGCCCACGUCAAACUCAAAUAGUUGUUUUCUCCCUACGAAUAAAAGCACCAACGGAGCCAGCAGCAGAACGCUCUCUAGAAACCAAUUUCCGUAGGGGAACCGGAACGAGUGUGAUCGGAUCAAAAAUAGUUCGCCCUAAAGUCUUCCGACAAGCCGCACUGGUGUGGACUUCGUGUUUAUUUUGAAGUUGAGUUUUAUGCUGGUUUUCGUUUUAUUUAACGAUGAUCUGCGGCAAUGCACGGGCGGGGCUCUCGCAAAGAAAUAUCUCUAAACGCUCGCGAUUUUCAUUCGUCAAUACGCCAGCGAUGACUCGUUUUAUUUGAGCACCUUCUUAGAAGAGCAGAAAACAAAGGCAAAACUGGCCGGCACAAGAAAAAGGCGAAAAUGAGAUACGAAGAUAAAAAAACAGAUCCUGUUUGUUUGAAAGUUAAAAGUACAAUAAUGGCGGAAAAGGAAUCCGGAAAUCUGGACCGGACAAAAAGAAGGGAGUCCGCCCCGGGCAGGGGGGGGUCCAGGACGGGGGUUCGGGAUUUUCGUUUUCGUCUGUCCAUGCUCCGGGUGCGUUUUCUUUCUGUGCGCGGGCCGCGCGGCCGGAACCCCGAAAAAAUUAGCCAAAAUUUAGCGGGCGAAAUCGCCCCGCGCCCUCCAGCUGAGCGGGGGCGAGGCAAUGGCGGCAGGCCGCGCCGCCCGCUUUGUUAUGUAAGGAGCUAGCCGUAGCGCCACACCGCCGGCCGCAGCCCUAGCCGCCGCGGGCGCCAAGGCGUAGCGGCAGGCAGCUGCUCCGCGGCAAAGCAGGAGCCAGGACAAGCACGGCCCAGCCACACUUCGGGGCGUUUGUUUCGGCACACAAGAGCUGAGCCACAAUGCGGCCCCGCCCCUUGAUUGAAUGCCAAGCCCAAGCCCAAGCCAGCGCGCCCGGGCCGCGCGCCCGGCGCUGCGCCUCGCCAUGGGUUAAGGGAGUCUUCACUACUCCCACCGGCAACACACCGCGGAGCGAGGCCCGAGCGAGCGAGUAAAGCCACGGUGGCGGGAUAGGACACAGCGCCGAAGGGUUGUCCUGCACGCUCGCACCACCACCCCCGCCCCGUUUGAUUAUGCAGCCCCAGCGCCUGGCGAUCCUCGGGGCCCGGUUGGCGGCUAUGGGAAACUAACAUGCCCCCAGGACUUCGGUACGCCAGUCGUCAUGCCGCACGUAGAAAACUGAAACGAACCUAGAGGACGAGUAGAAGAAACAUUUAACUUUAAGGCCGCAAGCUCAUUUGUAUAUUUUUUUCUUAUUUGAACAAGGUGCAAUAGUAUAGCCAAGGCUCCACCACUUUUUCGAGUGGGUUUGGAACAAGGAAGCUCGAAAGCAUCCCGAACCGAGACGCCAGCCUUUCGCAAGAUUUUUUUUCAGGUGCUAGCCCAAGAAGUGUUUCAAAAACGUCACAAAGUGGCGAGAGUCUGUGCUUCAAGAGCACAAGCAUAACAAAAACAAAGUGAAAAGGAAAAAACGCUAAUCCUCAAGAAGAGGCAGCUGCAAAACGAAAACGCUAAUCCUCAAGAAGUAGGCGCGUCUCAUUUUAGUUUGGAUGCAGAAAACCUUAUCGCGGCGACGCAAUGACUGGCGCCGUGCUAAGGCGUUAGCUCUUGAAAAACUCGGCGUCGUGUCCUAGAUUUUUUUUUUUAAGUGUUAGAGAGAAUGUCAGAUUAUAUAGAGUUACAGGGUUUCAGGGUUUGUCUAGGGUUCCUAACUUUAUUUUAAGCGUGUAGAGCAGAUAUACAGUUACAGGCGCAUCUAAGUUGCGUGGUAUGUAGUGAGGUCGCGAAUGUUCUAUCCUCGCGGUUGUUUUUUUGCCAGUCCUUACGCAAAACGGCCAGCAGUUACCAAGCGGCCGGAAGUGUUUUUUGAAGGCAUGAAAAGUUUUCAACUAUCAAGCAGUCGGGGCUUUGAAGUCAAACAAGC